AUGCGAGAGCGAAAUCAUUGGCUAAAAUACAUACCAGCUCAUCAUCAAGCAAGAAUGGGGAAGAGAACGCGAAAAGACAUGUUCGCUGGGCAUGAGCAGUUCGAGGAGGAGAUGAGGACAAAGUUGAAGGAGUUCCGAGCAUCGGAUGUUCAGGGUAAGGUUUUUGAUUAGUUUGUUGGUUUUUAGGUAUUAAAUGAGAUUGUUUGAGAUGUGAAACCAUUUGAAUGAUGGGCUUUUUUGAUGAACUGUUAUCUAAAAUUUGACUUUUUUCAAAAAAUAACCCAAUUAACCUCACUUCCACCUUCAGAAGUCAUUCUCCAGCCGAUGACUCGAGAUGAACGUGUCAUUGUUCACAUCGUUGCCAAGGAUUAUAACCUGAGAACCCAUUCAUUUGGCGAAGAACCGAAUCGACGAACUCGUGUCACAAAAGCCUUCUUCGAUCGAGUUGUCGGCCUAACUGAUACUCAAAAUCUGUAUCUGGAUGCGGAUCAAAAGCAGACGAUCAAGAAGCUGUUUGUGGAUAAACCACUUCAGAUCGAGGAGCUAGAGGAACAUCAGAGGGCUGAUAUGAAGAGUAAGUGGGCUGGAUAAUGAGUUUUUAGGGACGGGUAAGAUUCAGUGGAGUAGGGGUGAGUAGGGUAGAAUAUGGGUAGGGUAGAGUAUUUAUCAUAACUUUCAUUUAAGUGCGUCACAACGUGAAUCGCUCAAAAACUUCAACCUCAUCGACGGAACAAGCUGUAGCACCACCAUCUCAAUGCACCGAACAGAUGCGGCACUUCCGCCGAACUCUACCAACCUCACAAUACCGAGAUGAUAUCUUAAACCAAAUUGAAGCGAACAAUGUGACAAUCAUCACGGGCGGUACAGGGUGUGGUAAAACCACCCAAGUUCCACAGUUUUUGUUGGAGGAAUCGAACGAAAAGCGAAAACCCAUCAAAAUCGUGUGUACUCAGCCAAGAAGACUGCCGGCUAUCGCGGUGGCCGAACGAGUGGCCAAGGAGAGGAAUGAAAGGCUAGGGGACACGGUUGGAUACCAUAUCAGGUUGGAGCAGAAGUAAGUUUUUUUGGAUUUUGUUUUUGGUUUUAGGGUAAUUGGGAAGGCGUGAGGAUUCAGCAAUGAUUUUGUGAUCUAAAACAAUUUUUUUGAGGACUUUUGUUACCUAAAAUAGUGUUUUUGAUGAUUUUGUUACCGAAAAUAGUGUGUUUGAGGAUUUUUGGUAUCUAAAAUAAUGUUUUUGAGGAGUUUUGUUACCUAAAAUCUUUAAAAAUCAAUUUUUAGAACCUCCAAUAAUACUCUGCUGACCUACUGCACCAGUGGAGUACUACUACGAAUGUUGACAGUCGAUGACGUAGCCAAAGACAUUACCCAUAUCAUACUGGAUGAGGUACACGAAAGAGAACAGAACACUGACUAUCUUCUCAUCGUACUUAGACAAGCACUGAAGAAACGCAACGAUCUGAAAGUGAUUCUGAUGUCAGCCACGAUGGAGGGGAAUCGAGAAACGUUUUCGAAUUACUUUCACAAUUUCACAUUGAGCUUCAUUGACAGUAAGGUUUUUAAAUGAUUUUUGAGUGGUUUGUUUCCUAAAUUUGUGGUUUUUGAGGUUUUUGUUACCUAAUAACUGUUUUUGAGGAUUUUUGUUGCUUAAAAUAAUGUUUUUGAGGAUUUUUUGUUACCUAAAAUAGUGUUUUUGGACAUAUUUGUUACCUAAAAUGGUGUUGUUAAUCAUAAUUUGAAUUUUGAUAAACGAUGAGUUUUUAACUUUUUGUUACCGAAACCAUAAUUUUUAUUCAUUUUUGUUACUUAAAACGUUUUCUUUAUUUGCUAUCUACAUUUUGCAUUUUCAGUCCCAUCUCGACUUCAUUCCGUCCAAAAGUUCUUCCUCGGUGACAUUCUGGCUCUUACCGGCUACCAACCUCAGUCAAUAUUCGGCACCGGCUUUGGUGACAACACCUUUGGUAACACGUUUUCGAUAUCAGAAUUCGACUAUCAAAAGCCACAAACCUCGGGAUUUGGCAGUUUUAACGAUUACAACGACCACCUCCAUCGUUCCACCACCGUUCCAUCAAAUCUUCAAGCAUACCACAACACCACUGGUCACCACGGCUACUACGAUUCUACGUUCUUCUUGACUAAUCAAGCCAACAACUACAAUGGGUAUGGUCACGGUAACGGGUAUACCUACAAUAACGGCUGGAACGGCGAUUACGGUACGUACCAAGACCAUCACGGUACGACGUAUCACGAUUCAGCAGCCUAUCCGACUGUUCCAACUAAAAAUGGCUUUGACAGCGUGCAACAUCACGGCACGGCACAGUUGAAGACCUUCUUUGACCCGAACGACACGAGCCGUGCCAACGUGAGCAACAAGGAACAACUGAUCGAGUCGUACUUAAACAAUGGUGGAGCACAGUGGACGGAUGCGGUGGACCCGGACCUAACAGCCGAAGUGAUCAGGUUCUGUCUGGGAAGCCCGUUAGACGGCGCAAUACUAGUGUUUCUACCAGGCUACGAUGACAUAUUAACAUUGAGGGACAAGGUGAAGGAGUUCGCCAACACCGUGUUCGAGCCAGUCAUCUUCACAUUGCACAGUCAAAUGAACAGCCAAGACCAACAGAAGGUCUUUGAUCCGGUCAGGCAUGGGCAGAAGAAAGUGGUAGGUUUUUGGAGUGUGGGGUAAUUUUUUUCGAAGGAGGGGUAAAUUUUGUUUUUUGCGUGGAGGGGGGUGAUUUGUGAUUUUGCUUACUUUUAUGACUCGGAGGUUUUGUAUGGUAUUUUAGAAGGGCGUGGUAAAAAAUUUUUUUGAGGGAUGGGAGUGGUAAAAAAUUUUUUGUAAUUGAUACUAACAAUCGACUUUUAGAUCCUGAGUACGAACAUAGCCGAAGCCUCCUUAACCAUCGACGACGUCGUAUUUGUGAUUGACUGUGGCAAGGUAAAAGAGAAAACCUACGACCACGUAAGUCGUAUCUCCCAGCUCAAAGUCUCAUGGAUCGCCCGUUCGAACGCGGACCAACGUUCCGGCCGUGCCGGACGAUGCCGCAACGGCUACUGCUUCCGCCUCUACAGCAAACGCGACUUUGAAAUGAUGUCACCGACUCAAGUCGCCGAAAUGAAGCGUGUAGCCAUCCACGAUGUAUGUCUACACGCCAAAAUGUUUGCCCCGGAUAAGAUGCCGGUCCGAAAGUUCCUGGAAUUGGCUCCAGAACCACCCGUACCAGGCGCAAUCGACCGCAGCUUAGAGUUUCUGGAGCAGCUGGGGGCAGUCUCCAUUGCCGACCGGCUGGCAGCCAGCAAGUACAAUCAACAAAAGCAGAAAGAUCCAGAACCAGUAUUGACUGAAUUGGGACGACUGGUCGCUCAUCUACCGUUAGAUCCACAACUGGCUAGACUAUUGUUGUUUGGAGUGGCAUUAAAGUGUGUGCAUCCAGUGUUAGGAUUGGUGGCUGCGUUGAGUCAUAGGGAUCCAUGUAAGUUGGGUUUUAGAGGGAUUUGGGGUCUUUUUCAUGGUUGUUGAAGUACUGUUUAGGCUUGUUAAGGUAAUUUUUGGGGUUGGUGAGGUACUUUUUAGGGUUGUUGGGGUACUUUUUAGGGUUGUUGAGGUACUUUUUAGGGUUGUUGGGGUACUUUUUAGGGAUUUUGGGGUACUUUGUACGGAUUUUGUGGUACUUUUUAAGCUUUUGAGGUACUUUUAGGCUUUUUUUGAGCAUUAUUGAUAGCUAUUAUAUCACUUAUAUAUUUAAAAUUUUUUUUUAAAUUUAAUUUUAGUUGUUCUACCCCUUGGGGAAGACCGUGGCGACGCCCUAUCAGCUAGAGACAAGUUUUGCCAAACCGACAUGUCCGACCAUCUGAUGCUCCUUCGUGCUCUAAACCUCUAUUGUCAACAACCAAACACAAGCCGGUCGAUCCAAACCUGUCGUCAGAACUUUAUGUCAUUCACAGCCAUGAAGAUGAUCGUCGGAAUCCGGAAACAACUCUUCCUGGAGAUGCGGCGCCUCCACCUGGUACCACAAGAUGCCGCCUCAUCAGAAGACCCCGACCUCAACCUCUAUUCCAACUCAUGGCCAAUGGUCCAGGGCGCAAUCGUGGCCGGAUGUUACCCAGGAGUGGCAUUUGUGAGGUCAGGAUCAAAGCUACGCAAAAUCAGGACCAACACCAGUAACAUGGCCACUCUUCAUCCAUCGUCGUCGUUGAAACGUCAAGUACAACAACAAAAACGACAGGUCGAACCAGAGAUUGAAUACCUAGUUUAUCAGGAAUUGUCAAGGAUUGACGAGGGACUCACGCUAAGAACGGUGACCGCCGUUCCUCCUAUGACCGUGGCCAUAUUUGCUGGACCAGUCAAGAUGAGUAAAGUCAUCAUUGAUGACUUUGAACUAGCUGAACAUGAGUUUGAAGAAGAUGAGAAAGUUGAGGAUAACACGGUCUCAGGAGAGGAAGAAGAUAAAGAAGAAGGAGAAGGCAAUGAAGAAGAAAAAGAAGGUAAUGAAGAAGGAAAAGUAGCCAAAGAAGGCAAUAAACAGGCUAAAGAAGAAGAAAAAGAACUCAAGAAAGAAAAGAAAAUGGAACAGGAAGAAGAAUACGACCCCUUCACUCCAUCCUUUGGUUCACCACCAAGCCCAUCCAAGUUCGAACGAGAAUACUACGUCGAACUGGAGAACUGGCUCGGCUUCAAAGGCCACUUCACUGACCUUCAACUCACCCUAAGGCUGAGGUUCAGAUUCAUGAACUACUUCUUGAAUGUACUCAAGAACCCAACAAGACCCUUAUCAAUUAGCCAACUGGAGAUUCUGAGAACCGUGGCCGACGUUCUGGAAAUGGACCACAAGAAGGCGGCCUUCAACACGGUAGACGACAUUUACACCCAGAAAUGGUACAAAAAGAUAUCACCGGUGAAUAGAAUGGAGAGGAAGAAGCCUGAGGGUAAGGGUUGGGUGGAAUUUGGGGGGGUUUUUGAAUUUUUAAGGGUUGAAAAAUGAAGUUUUUAAAAUUUUAGGUAUGAAAUUGAAAAAAAUUUUUAAAUUUUUUUAUUUUUGGAAUGGAAAUUUGAAUAUUUUGAAAUUUAGGUGGUAUUUUUCGAAAAGUUUGAAUUUUGUCCAAUUUGAAUGAAAAAAAAUUUUUUGAAAUUUUGAAAUUAUUUGAAUUUUUUAAAAAUCUGAAAUUUUUUAAAAUUUUUUAUUUUUAGUGUCUCCAGAAGAAAAACCUACCCAAAGUCAAUCCAAUUCCAUCGACCUUCAGACCGAUCAUCCCCAAAGACAUUCCAAAUGGACCGUCCUCAAACGAAGCCAGUCCAACUAGAACGACGCGAUUCUAAACCAGUCCACAUCGAAAGAAAUUCGAAUCGAAUUCCGCUAGACAGGAGGGAUUCAAGACCAGGACACUUUGAUAGGAAUGAGGCCAGGCCAGGACACUUCGAUAGGAAUGAAGCUAGAGGAAGUCAGAAUGAGAGGUAUCAAGGUGAUAGAUAUCAGAAUGACAGAAGGAAUGAAAACGGUUCUGUCCAGCUAGAAAGAAAGGACUCAAGAUUAGGCCAGUUUGAGAAGAAUGAUGUCAGAGCAAGUCAGUUUGAAAAGAAUGAAAGGCUAGUCCAGCCGGAUAAAAGAGACCCAAAACCGUAUCAGAAUGGCCAAAACAGCUUGGGAAAAGCGAAAGCUAGUCAAGAUGUGAGAUUAGACUACCAAAAUCGGUCUGAAAGUAGCUAUAAUAACAUGGAAAAGAACAGAAUGGACUAUCAGAAUAGACAAGAGAGUAGGCUGGAUCAGGAACGAAGGCAAGAAAGUAGAUCAGAAAGCGAUAGAAGGCAAGAAAGUAGAUUUGAUAACGACAGAAAGCAAGAUGACUACUACUCAAGACAGGAGAACAGACUGGAGUACCACUUUAAGCAAGCUCAAGACCAGUACAAAGCCAGUUCGAGGGUCGCACAGGAUCAAGCAGCUAGCUCGAAACUACUACAAGAUCAGGCUUCAAACUCGAGGCCAAAAGAAGGCCAGAUGUCAAGGCUAGAUCAAUCCAGAUCAAGCUUUAACGGAAAAUCAGCCGGAUCACGAUCAGACUACAAUCAUGGCAUAGAUCACGGAGAUUCGAGGCAUCUUCAUCAGCACACCGGGCCUCUGCAGGAUCAGUCGAGACUGUGGAGGGAUCAACAAAAUCAGGUCAGGUUUCCCAAGGACCAAGAUCUGUCUAGACUUCAUAAAAGCCAAGAUCAGUCCAGGCUUUACAAGGGCCAAGAUCAGUCCAACCCACUGAAAGAUCAAGAUCAGUCUUGCCUAAGCUAUCAAGAUCAACCCCGAUCUAGCCAAACCAAGCCGGAAAACCUUGGCCUAACGGUGGAAACCAAACCAGAAGACCCAAUUCCAGCGGAUCCAUCUCCAAACAACAAGGAUUCGGAAAGAUUACCAACAAAAGUACCAUCAAACCCAUCCGACUUGAUAUUGGCCCAGCUUAACAAAGCUCAGGCCAGGUCGCGGAACAAAGAAGAAAUGAGGAAGCUGGAGGAGAAACGCCUCUACAGACCACCGAAAAGCCUACAAAGACAACAAGAAAAACAAAAAGCAAAGGAAAAAGAAAAGAAUGGAGUGGCAAAAGAAGUAGAAGCAAAGGAAAAGGUCAAGGAAGGAAAUAAGGAUAAACAAGAGGAAGAUGAGGUAGGUGAAGGGAAUGAUAGCAAGGGAUUAAGGAUAAGAAAAGAAGGUUAUUAAAACAACUAAGGAAGGUUGGAAGAUAGAUGGAGAAUUUUUAGUUUUUGAGCAUAUAGCAAAGUGUCAAUAUCGAUUUUUUUGAUAUUAUUGAUUUUUUUGUUUUUUAUAUUAAAGACGAAGGCUUAAAGGUAGAUUAAUAAGAUGAAAAGGAGCAUUCUAAGUUACUUGCUUAAAAAUUGAAAAAAAAUUUUUGACGAAAUGUCACUAUUGCUUUUUUAUCUAAUGGCUAAGAAUUUGGUUAGGAUUAAAUUUUUGACUUUAAGAAUGCCGUUAUAAGAUAAAGUUUAUGAUUUUGAAGUGUAAUUUAGGAUUUUUAGUUAUAUUUAUAGUUCUGUGACGAAAUGUCAAAAUUAAUUUUUCUGGCGAAGGUAUUAGUUUUUCAAUUUUUUGCUUAUUUUUUAGUAUUUCUAGCCUUUUUGAUCGAAUUUUAAUGGAUUUAAGGAAGAAUAUAUUUAUUUUCAGCGUUCAAGAGCUCUCUUCAUGCAACGAAACAACACGGAUUCAGCAACGACAAGUUACGACGUUCCCACGGCUGUAAUGAGAGCUUCACAUAAGUCGUGGCGGAACUCGGAAAAGCGACCCAUGCCAAAUGACGCGCCUCAGAGAAGUCAGGACGAGAGGAAAGAUUCGAAUCGACGACGUUUCAUGGAUCGACCGGGCUAUGACAGUCGGCCGAAUCAUGAUAAUCGACAAGGUUAUGACAAUCGGCCAUGGAAUGACCAGCGUCAAGGCUAUGGUAUUCAACCAGGCAAUGACAAUCGUCAAAGCUACGACCGAUCGAAUCACGGUGAGAACGGCCGAAACCGGCGUCACGAUGCCGACAGUCCGGACUCGGAAGAACAUUACAUUUGGCGUGAGAAUUGGCACGAACUGAAACGCGCGAAGGACGGCUUCCAUCGGCACGAUCAACGCCAGAAGCACGAUCAACGUCCCGCGAAGAAGUCAGCCAACGACGAGAGAGCACUACGCGAGAAGAGGCCGCAGCGCAACGAAAGGAAUCAUUAA